AUGAAGCUGUUUAGCAUUUUGGAGCUAUAUUCAAAUAACACAUCUCCUCACCUGUCCACCUUAACAGAUGUGCUGUUCUAUCACUUCCUUCAUCAUGUGACUGACUUGAAAAAGGCACAGAUCAACAUUGUGUUUGACAUGCUGGACUGGAACGCUGUGGGCGAGAUCGGCUUUGAGCAGUUCUACAUGCUGGUGUGUAUGCUGCUGGCCCACGAGAACCAUUUGGAAGGACAGUUUAUGUACCGUCAUUCCCGGCCUGUCUUUGACUUGCUUGACCUGAAAGGGGAUCUGAGAAUUGGUGCAAAAAACUUUGGAAUGUACAGAUUUCUCUUCAAUAUUCACAAACAGGAACUCAAAGAUCUCUUCCAUGACUUUGACGUUACAGGUGACAAUCUUCUUAAUUAUCAGGAAUUUAAGCUGUAUACAAUCAUCUACAUUGACAAAUUACAGAGGAGGCAGAAAACAGAGGAGAAAGAAAAAGACGACGGAAAAAGUGGAGAGAACAAGAAGUCUCUACUGGAAAAGAAAAUGUCACAUGAAGUAGAUGUAAGCCGAAAGAGUCUCUUGGAAAAAAAUGAGAUCUGAAAGUACAGAACAUGAACGUUGAUGAAGACUGUUAACAUGUCUAAAAAUAAAUUCAGAGCAUCAAAGUGGAU